GGCCACGAAUCCAUGACUAUGAAUCGUUGCUAACGGGCCCAACCCACACCCGUCUCCUUUCUCCUUCCUUCGUGGACGACGCAGAUAGCUUUGUAGCUUCCAUCAACAAAAGAAACAAACACAUACAUAGCAGUAAAGCUUCAAUUUUUGAAAAACUUUCUCUCUUCCCAUUUUUAGCACCCACAACUGCACACAGAUCUUAACGAGAUGGAUCCAAACGCGGUGAAGUCCACUCUGUCCAAUCUCGCGUUUGGAAACGUAAUGGCUGCAGCUGCUCGCGAUUACCAGAAGGAAUUGCUUGCUCAAGAGAAGGCACAACCAUCAAGUUCAGUAAAUGAGGAGGUUGACCUUGAUGAGUUGAUGGAUGAUCCUGAGUUGGAAAAAUUGCAUGCAGAUAGAAUUGCAGCUCUUAAGAAAGAAGCUGAGAAACGGGAGACAUGGAAGAAGAAAGGUCAUGGAGAAUACAGGGAGAUAAGCGAGGGGGAUUUCUUAGGUGAAGUCACUGGAAGUGAAAAAGUGAUUUGUCACUUCUACCAUAAGGAGUUCUAUAGAUGCAAGAUAAUGGAUAAGCAUUUAAAGUCUCUCACACCAAAGCAUAUUGAUACAAAGUUCAUCAAGCUUGAUGCAGAGAAUGCACCAUUCUUUGUUACAAAACUGGCUAUCAAGACUUUGCCUUGUGUCAUACUGUUCAGACAAGGAGUUGCAGUAGAUAGAUUGGUAGGAUUUCAAGAUCUGGGAGGGAAAGAUGAUUUUAGCACAAGAAUACUGGAGGCUCUACUGAUAAAGAAAGGCAUAAUUGCGGAGAAGAAAGAUGAGGAUGAAGAUAAUGAAUAUCCUGACAGUACACGUAAAGUCGUUAGAUCCUCCACAAUUGCUGGUUCUGAUUCUGAUUCUGAUUAGAAUAAAUCAGCUGGUGGCAUCAUAAAAGAAGAGUUCGCAGUUUAUCUUCAUAUCCUUUUGGAUUUCGGGCUUGUAUAAUUAUUGUUACACUUUUGGUUUGUUUGCUUUUGGGAAGGGGUUGAAUCCAUAGCAAUCAUACGGAUACUGUACCGCUCUACCACCAUUGUAUGAACCUGUUCAAGUAGGAAGUUGCCAACGUUUCUCCCAUCCAAGAGUGACAAAAGUUUGUAACUCAAUUUGUAACAGAAGAAAUUGAUAUAGGUUUUCUAAAAUGUAUUCAAUUAUUUUCCAUUGCGAGUGCAUUAGAAGCCACUGGGAUUGGGCCAGGACUUGAAGUAUGCAUGAAAUCAUAGUUCCAAACAUCAUUACUACCAUUAUACCAAAAACAAAAAUGUGAAUGCAUUAUCAUUAUGACAAGUUCUACUA